AUAAAGAUUAACGAUCAGGCGCGACGGGGCUUCCCUUGAAAGAAAUAAAGGGGUCCUCAGAGUAGUUUUUGCUAACAAAGCAGCCUCCAAAAUGUCGGGAGAGGUGUAUCUCUUCUGGCUCCUUUCUCUUUUACAAACGCUGUCGGCAUACGGUGUCGACCUGUCGUCAGAGGCAUGCAGGGAGCUGGGAUUCUCCAGCAACCUGCUGUGUAGCUCCUGUGACCUGCUUGGGGAGUUCAGCCUCAGCAAGCUCCAGCCCGACUGCCGGCACUGCUGCCAGGAGGAGGCCCAGAUGGAAGCUCGCAAGCUUUAUGCUGGAGCCAUCCUUGAAGUGUGUGGAUGAAAACUGGGGAGGUUCCCUCAAGUCCAAGCUUUUGUCAGGAGCGAUAAGCCGAAGAUGUUCAAGGGUCUUCAGAUCAAGUAUGUGAGAGGCUCUGAUCCUGUACUAAAGCUUUUGGAUGAUAACGGGAACAUUGCUGAAGAGCUCAGCAUCCUCAAGUGGAACACAGACAGCGUGGAGGAGUUCUUAGGUGAAAAAUUAGAUCGGAUAUAGACUUGCACAACAUUUUUUUUUUUUUUUGUGAAGGAGUCAGUUCACAGAAAUUACAGACAAAGAUACAUUUUACUGCCUCUUGUUUUAUCUCUUGUUCCCACAGAUAAGUUUUACUUUAGUGUUCCAAGACUCUGAAAGUCACCUCUCUCCCUUUUUUUAGGCAAAAUCUAUUAGUGGUGCUCUCCGUAUUGAAAAAUACCUGUUUAAAAAAUACAUUAGCUGCUCAUUUGUCUCCUGAUUACUGGACAUUAACCACCUUAGAUUUAACACAGAGCAGAAUGCAUCACAGCUAGUUUGUGAAGUAGUCGUCCAGGUGAGCUGAAGUCUUUCCUGCAACAUCUGUAAUUGAAUUUAAAAGGCAACAAAUCAAACUCUUUGUUGUGUUAAAAGAAAACCUUAACAAAUUGAAUGAACUGCAUGACCAAAGAUAACUAGCGGCACGUACGACUUUUUAGUAAUGUGUGAACUGACUCCAUUGGCUAUUUACCAAUUUGUACACAAACCUGGCCUUGAUAGAUUGUACAAUGACUGCUCUGACUGUUUUUGUAUGUGAAAGGUUUCAUUGAGUAACUUGUGAGAAUGAAAACAUCCCAAUCCCACCUUUUUAAAUAAUGAUUAUUAUUACAAAUCUAAAUCAUUAGGUUUAUUCCAUUAUGAACUAUCUUGUUUACUGUCUACAUCGUUACAGUCUGUUCAAUAUUCCUGUAAAAUUAUUUUUUUAUAACGCUCAACAUUGUGACUGGCAGUGUAGUAGGAAUGAGUGGAUCCCAGUUGCUCUUCGAAUGCAGAUGUCUUUGCAGAGGCACACGUUGGUGAAGGACUCCCAGUAAACCGAAGUUGGGAUGUGAGGCCUGAUAUAUUUGUGUUUUUCUGCAUCUUUUGCUUUGAGGAGAAACUGGAUGAUGUUUGGAUGCUGUUUCGUGGCAAAGUGAAGGUUUAAAUAUGCAACAAUAAACAAAAUCUCUGGUGGGUUUUCUGUCCACAGAUGCA